AUGGGCCAACCAUAUACCAUUACCUCUGACGUAUGGUCCCUGGGUGUGACCAUAUUGGAGCUUGCCCUCAAUCGGUAUCCUUUUACUUCUGAUGGAGAGCCCCCCAUGGGUCCCAUUGAACUUUUGACCUAUCUUCUAAACUCGCCAUUGCCUACAUUGGCAGAUGAUCAAGCUCAAGGUAUCAAAUGGAGCCGUUCCUUGCGUGACUUGGUCGACCGAUGCUUGGUGCGGGAUGGGGCACUGCGCGUUGGGCCACGAUAUCUGCUUCAUCAUCCGCUCAUUCUGCGUGCUGAGCAGAUUUCUAAUGCAGACAUGGCACGUGUGGACCCGCCAAAACGAUUUGUUCUGCUCCACUUGGACGCAAUCGACAUGGGCGCUGUACAGUCGACUUCGCAGGACGCUGGUGGACGUCCACGUCCUUACAGCAACCAGGAAGUGGUGGCGGCUAUGCUGCUGCAUCAUCACCGUGUCGCAUUGGAGAAUUCAAAUGACCAGGGUGGCGCUCCAAAGGCCGUGUGCCCGGUUCCGCACCAUGGCCGACGCGGAGCGAUGGCGCCUAGCUCGGAGCUUAAUCCUUUGAAUAAAAUGCCUGAACUCACGCAGGAUCGUGCACCCAACCAGACGAUGGAUCUUUCGCGCGAGAGAGUCGUUUCGUCAAUUCCGCGAGCCCCUACUUCUGCAGCACCAGGCGAUUCGCCUUAUGGGGCAGCGCAAUGCCCGAUCCCCCAUGAAGCCCGGGCGAGCUCAAAGUCGUCGUCUGCUUGUCCUGUGGAUCACAAGGACCAAGAUGAGGAGUCUCUGGGGUACUGGGAGUACCCGUCGCCGCAGCAGUUCUACAAUGCUCUCGUGCGCAAGGGUUGGGAAACGCCGGAGGAGAGUGUUGAUAUGAUGGUGCUCAUACAUAACUUCCUCAAUGAGCGUGCGUGGCAGGAAAUUGUGGAAUGGGAAAAGAUGGCCGGCAGUGACGUAUCCAAGCUACAACUGGCACGCUUCCAGGGCAAGCCGGGAACCUUGACGCCCAAGGCGCGGAUGUACGGGUGGCUGGCAUGGGCCAUGCCUGAUAAAUUUAGCUCUGAGCCUCCCUUUGAUCGGCAUGAUUGGAUUGUGCGCCGCGGUCCCACGGAGACUCACCCCGGCGGGGAGGAAGUGCGCUACAUUAUUGACUACUACUCGCGGGAGGAUGAAUCUGAUGAGAAUGAAGCCAGCUUCAACCUUGAUGUGCGUCCAGCCAUUAGUAACCUGGACACUGCACGACUCCGGUGGAAAAAACUGAUGCAAGAAUACGAGUCUGGCGAGCUCUUGGCGCCGUUCCGCGGGCAACCAGACGCCCCGCCUCGUGAGAAUCCAUAG